UGACAUCAGCUCGGGCUUUUCAAUUCCUGGAUGGCAGCGGCGUGUUAAUCCAACCUUCAUCCUGGAUUUCAUAAACUAAAGCAAGAGAGGUUGGCAGGAGGACAACUCUGCCGGAUUGAGGAAAUUGAUGACGGCGAAGCGUGCGGGCAACCCAGCGUAUAAAACUCAUCCACUUGUAGCCCGAUGCUCAGCUACUUCUUUGGAUUCUUGACGGCUGCAUCCCGCAGCCCAGGCCACGGGUCUCUAAGUUAGAUCGUUCAGCUUGGAGGUCCAGCCUCUUUGUGUGCCAGUCCGGGAAUCAGCCAUGAAGGGCCUCUGGCUGCUGCUGACCACGCUUCUGGUACCUGCGCACCUGGAGGCGGCCAGGCGCCCCAAGUAUGCAGUGGAUUGCCCCUCGAACUGCGACCCCAACCACUGCAAAAGCAGCCAGCAGUGCAAGAACACUGUGCUGGAUGACUGUGGCUGCUGCCGCGUGUGCGCCGCGAACCUCGGGGAGACUUGCUAUCGCACCGUCUCGGGCAUGGACGGCGCGAAGUGCGGCCCGGGGCUGCUCUGCCAGUUUUCCAACCAGGAGGAUGUUUUUGGUGACGAGUUUGGUAUCUGCAAAGAGUGUCCUUAUGGUACCUAUGGAAUGGACUGCAAAGAGACCUGCAAUUGUCCAACUGGCAUAUGUGACAAAGUUACUGGAAAAUGUUUGAAAUUUCCUUUUUUCCAUUCUGCUCCAAAGCCUUCCAAAAGGAGACUUGUGGUUUAUUCAGAUCACGACAUGGCUUCUGGAGAUGGCAACGCAGUCAAAGAGCAAUUUGUGAAAAAGAAUACAGCUUAUCCUCCGGUAACAAAAUGGUUAAAGCCCCGCUGAUAUUGGGUAUGGUUUGAUUGAACAGCCAAAUCAGUACUCCCUUUGAAGAUUGUUCAAUACACAGUCACACAUUUCAAGAGCAAUCCAGCUUAUCCAAUAGGAAAACCUGACUUCUGGAGACCAAUUGUGAUCCAG